AUGGCCUCUACAGACUCUAACUCCGUCUUCUUUUCGAGAGCGGACAAAUAUCUCAUGAAAACUGGAGUACCAUUUUCUCCAGUAGUCAUCACCAAAGCGAAGGGCACCAGACUAUACGAUGCUAGCGGAAGACAGAUUCUGGACUUCACAUCCGGCCAGAUGAGUUCGCUGCUGGGACAUUCUCAUCCGGAGAUUGUCGAAGUCGUCCAAAGAUAUGUCGCAGAGCUCGAUCACCUCUUGAGCAACAUGAUUACACAGCCUGUAGUCGACCUAGCCGAAAGGUUAGCCCGCAUUUUGCCCGCACCAUUGGAAAAAUCCUUCUUCCUUAAUACCGGCUCAGAGUCGACCGAGGCGGCUCUUAAGAUGGCAAAACUCUACACCGGGAAGUUCGAAAUUGUUGCGUUCGCUGCAAGUUAUCAUGGGUUGACAUCAGGGUCGGGCUCCGCAACCUACUCUGCCGGUCGGAGAAAAGGUGGUCCUGUUAUGCCAGGACAACUUGCAUUUCCUGCACCAUACGCUUACCGCUCUCCGUUCCGCAAGGCUGAUGGAUCUUAUGACUGGGAAACGGAAAUGGACUUUGCCUGGUCAAUGAUUGACCGUCAAAGUAUCGGUUCUCUUGCCGCCUUUAUCAUGGAGCCUAUCCUAUCCACCGGUGGUAUCCUCGACCUUCCUCGAGGUUACCUUAAGCGCAUGGAAGUUGAAUGUAAAAAGCGGGGGAUGCUCAUAAUCAUGGACGAGGCUCAAACUGGAGUGGGACGAACGGGUGAUAUGUUCGCAUUUCAGAAAGAUGGCGUUGUUCCUGAUAUUCUUGCAUUGUCCAAGACGCUCGGCUGUGGACUCCCUCUUGCCUCCGUUAGUACCACUGCGGAAAUCGAGCGCGGUUGCACGGAGGCUGGGUUCUUAUGGUUGACCACGCAUUUGAACGACCCAUUGACUGCUGCUGUGGGUAAUAAAGUGCUUGAAAUUGUUGAACGUGACGGAAUCUGCCAGCGUGCAACUGAGCGAGGCGCACAACUCCGCGAGGGCCUCUUGAAGCUACAACAGAAAUACUGGUGUAUAGGCGAUGUCCGCGGACGGGGUCUCUUACAGGGAAUUGAGAUAAUUUCAGAUGCAACGACAAAGGCACCGGGUCCUGAUCUGGGCCAAGCUGUUUCAGAUCGAGCAAUGGCCUGUGGUCUGUCUUGCAACGUCGUGAAUCUUCCGGGCAUGGGAGGUGUGUUUCGUCUGGCUCCUCCUGUCACUGUCUCGGCUGAGGAGAUUGAGGAGGGUCUCAGGAUUUUGGACGAGUCUUUUGCUCACGUUCUCAACUUGAGUACUUUGUAA